CUCGUCUGUUUGCCGAUUGAGUUGCGUUUUGAAGCCUGAAGCGCGCAUAAACCAUCAAAGCCGGCGACGAGCAGACGAAAGUGCCGUAGCCGUGCAAUGAACUCGUAUUUUGCACGCUAAACAUCGACGAGAGAAAAUUGUAUGUACGUUCUUUUCGUAACUUUUCAUUCAAGCAAAUAAUUUACUGAAUAAAAAAUGAAGCUUUUAACGCAUAACAUGUUAACUUCAAAAUGCUUGAAAGGCGUAACUGUUGGAUAUCCCUUAGGAAUCGUUGCAAAAGAUAUUAAAGUGUCUGAAGUGGACUUCAAUUCAGAAUUUAUUGCAAGAAUAAUUCCAAAACUUGAUUGGGGUACCUUAUGGAAAGCAGCAGAGAGUGUAAGUUUACUAUAUUAAAGUUUCAAUUUAAAUGGAAUCAAUUUUUUAUGACAUUAUAAAUUAGAAUCUUAACAUUUUCUAGUAAUUAACUACUAAAUUAUUAAUGGAGAUCUAUUGUGCCCAGAAUCUGGUAGAAAAUUUCCUAUUAAUGAUGGUAUACCAAAUAUGCUCUUAAAUGAAGAUGAAGUUUAAACAUUCAAAAUAAAUGUAAAUGUUAAUAUACAUUGUUUUUUAUAAGUAGUAGAUGUUUAAAUGUAUACAAAAAUUUA